UCACCACUAACACUCUGCGCUGCACACCAUCAUUUUCCCCCCUCCUUCCAUCUUCUCCCUCCCCCCAUUUAAUUUCUUUACAUAAACACAAUUUUAUUCAACGAUACAGUACUAUUGCACUUGUUUAAUUCAAGUCACCGACUGAUCAACAAGAUUGUAUACAAGUACUAUGCAACGAGACAAUGGACCUCCGGCGGGGUGCGCUUCGUGCCGCCACCAACACAAGAAGUGCAAUGAAUCAUGCGUAUUAGCGCCUUACCUCACUCUCGAUAAAAACUUGGAAUUCCAGGCCGUACACAAGGUGUUUGGAGUGGGUAAUGUAGCAAAGAUUGUCAAGAGUUUAGAUGUGGAGGAUCGAGGGAGAGCUGUCGAGUCGCUUGUUUGGGAAGCAAAUUGUAGGCAGAAUGAUCCGGUUCUUGGUUCUUAUGGAGAAUUUAUGAGACUUUCGGAGGAGUUAAACAAGUACAGAACUCUUUAUUGGAAUAAUAUCCAUGCACAAGGGAAUAUGAGUAUGAAUAUGAACGCAAAUGUGUCGGUUGCCGUGUUGCCCGCUAAUUCGUAUGCUGGUUACGGUUAUCCGACAAUGCAGUCUGCUGGCGCGCUGAGGGGUGAAAUUGGUUAUCCGACAAUGCAGUCUGCUGGUGCGUUGAGGGGUGAAAUUGGUUAUCCGACAAUGCAGUCUGCUGGUGCGUUGAGGGGUGAAAUUGGUUAUGAUUAUCCGUACGUGCAAGGUACGGAUGGAUUUAAGGAAGAGAGUAAUAGGAGUGCAUUGAGUUUGCCUCUGCAGUAUGGAGUUCAGAUUAAUGAGAAUUUGAAGGAUGGGAGUAAUGAUGGUUCGGUGAUUGUGCCUCAACGGUAUAGCACACGAGGAGGUGAAUGCGGUCCUAGUACUGAGACUAGUUCUGAAGGUCGGCCAUGAUUCUGUACAAUCUAUACGGCGACUCAUCAUCUCGCUUUCAGCAGGUUAAUAUGGUCCAAGUACUCGAGCCAAAGCCAAACUCAGGACUAUGUGAUCUGAAAGGCAACUUGUUACCGCGCUUUUAGAUGGUAGAAUAUAGUUCACUUAUAUCAUUUGAUGUGUAUAGUACAGAUGUUCAAAUGCAUGACAGAUCCUGACAAGAAGUAAAUUCUUUUCCAAAUUGUUAGAUACAUUGACGUUAUCUAGAGUAAGAUUCACUUAGACCUACAUAAACUGGAAUGACACUAGCCAGGCCCUAUAACAAGUAUAGUAAUGUACAGACAUUUAUGUAUUGUAUGCUAGGUAGGUUUACAAUGCAAUGCCACAGUUGCCACUUGGUUCGUUUGUUCUGUUUUCAA